CAGUUACGUCUGUUCGAAAAAGAGAGGCAGAGAUGGUCUAACUUUAAGACAUUAUGUUCAUUUAUAUUUUUUAAGUCAUUGACUGUGUUACGGCGUGAUUGUGUUGUUAAUGUAUUCUUCGGUACAAAACCUUUGCCGGUUCUGAAUAAACUUUGUCAGAUCUAGACGAUAAAAUCGUUUUUCUUAACGUUCAAAAUAUUUGUGUAAAGCCUGACUGCAUUAACCUCAAAAAUGCGUUCACAGGUUAUUUUAGACGGAUUGAAAAGUCUUCAGCCUGACGUAGAAGUAACUGCAAAACAAAUUAUCCAUUGGAUUAUCGAAGCGCUAGAAGUUACUGCGAAAAUUCCGGAUUUUACUAUAACCUCUGCAGGAGGAGUGAACACAGCGUUUUUCAAACAUCUUCACAUUGAAACCGCGAAAAUCGUUUUUCCGGUUGCUAACAAAUAUUUUGUGAAAAACUUCUUCGAUGUGGUUGAUGCUGUUGGACGGAUAUUCGACGUAACCAUCGAAAAAAAACUUUCUCUUCAAUGUUGGAUUCAAAUCGGUCAGUUUAUGAAAGACCUACCGAAGCACUGCAAAAACGGUCUAUUUACGGUGGUCAGUGGUGCGAUGAGCGCAUCGCUUCUGAAGAAAAUGAUUUCUGUUCCGGAUUUCAAUACGAACAAAGACAUAAUUGACAGCAUGUUACUUUACUAUAAGUGUGUCGAGGCUGUUGCUGACGAGAAAAAUAAAGCGCUCAAAAAAAAAGACAAAACAUCUUGGCAACUAUUCGAGCGAUAUGUAGAUUGUAUCGAGGCAUUUUACGAAUUAAUUGGAGAAAAUGUGAUCUUCUCGUCGGACGCUUUCUUUCCUAUAACUGCCAAAAUUUUGGAUUACCGAAACGGAUUACUUGGUGGUGACAUUCAGACAGUAAGGAAAUACCUGGAUGCUGUGAACUUUUCACUUAAAUCGAAUGAUGAAGUAGCCAAGAUGAAUAUGGCCAUGUGGUUAUCGCGAAUACAGUUGGAGGAACCAUUGCACAUGCUAUUCAAGGUGAAAGUCACAUACCAUCGGAGAACGAUGAUAAACAUGCUUAAAUUGGUGCUGGAAUAUACUCGGGAGAAGAACAUUCCGUGUGAAAUUGAUUGGACAUUGGUCUUUGUUUACGCUCUCUAUUGGCACCAUGAUGCACUAGAGCUUCUCCUCUUGGAAACACAAGGUACUGAGGAGGUCGAAGAAAUCAGAUCAUGCAAUCUAGUCGAAAGAGUCAUUCAGGUUUUCCUUCGACAUAAUGAUCACAUCUAUAAAUUGCCUGCUCAACUACACCUGUUGGAGCAACAAGUCGCUGAGAGACUCAUAAAUCUGAUCAAACCCCACAUUGAUUUCGCAACAUGUGAGACACUGUUUUCUCUAUUGCGUAAACAUGUUGCAGACAGUCCAACUACGUGCGCUGUAAUCAUUCUGUUUGUCGACAAUGCUGCUAAGACUUUGCUUGACGACCCAAAUAAGCGUCAAGCUUACAUAAACUUAAUGAAGACCGUGUUUCGUCAUAUCACUUACGUGAAAUCCCAUCCGGAACUAUUGUGUCGUCUGAUCAACAUCUUCGAUUUAUCUAGAGCCAAGAAUGAUGAAGGGUUUUCCAAGCAAAUGUUGCUGGUUGUGCCGGAAGUAUUUCACCGAUGUAGCCUGUAUGGUACAGCUGUCGAUUUAUUGACAGUAUUAAAGGCUGUUGGAUACGACCAUGAUAAGUUAGUGGGUCUAGUUGAGAAACUACUGUUGGAGGAGACAUCAGGUAAUCGGAGAAUGGAAACGGUUACAUUGAUGCUGGCGGCAGAUAACGUUUUCGAUAUUUUCAAAAUAUUGAAUCCACAUGACCGAAGACGGGUGUUCGAUUAUUUUAAAAAAAGAUUCGAAAGUGUCAGUAAUGAUGCAAAAGUUCUAUACGCUUCCUUGUUGAUGCGUAUGUUAGCAGCUUUCCAAUCGACUCCAGAAAGAUUUCCAGGUGAAGCACGGAACACAGUUGAAGAUGAAGCUCGUCGUGUCUUUCGUUUUUUAUCCAGAGGAAUUUAUGCAGCUGAAAAACAAUCAUUUGCUGCUGCACAUUUGGGCAUAGCCAUUUGCAUAUAUCAGUCAACCUUCCAACCACCACCAGGAAUGGAACUGAUGAAAUCGUUUUCAUCACUUAUCGCAAUUUCAAUUACUUUUCGUUCAAACUACGAUUCGGAUGCGAAGAAAGACGCUAUCCGGAAUGAUCUGCGUUUGGUGUCAACUUUCUGGCGUAGUGCUAAAAAUAUUUAUAGACAGGCUCAUACAGAUGUUCCGCUGCCUUCCGUAAUUUUCGAGUGCUAUCCUCGAUUUGAGAUUCACACAGUCGCUGCAGCUGAAGAGUUCCUGGAAACGAUUUUGAACAACGGAUCUGCAAGUGAUAAAUUUGGGAUGUUUGUUGAGUCGAUGUAUUGUAUAGUGGAGCUUGUGAGAAAAAGACAAGUAAAUCCAAUCGUGAACAAAUUGUUUCAAUUCGUCGCAAAAACCGAAUCGGAGAGCGAUGCAACCAAAAUUGCGGCGAUGCUUUUUCUCCGUAAUCUUGAACUCUAUUCCAUGAACUUUUCACGGCCUAAGGUAGUCUGGAAUGUUCAAGUAAAUGUGUACAAAAAUCACCUGAAAAGUAAUUCGACCACUAUUGAUUAUCAGAAGCAAGUUAUGGACGUAUUAAGCGCCAAAAUCGACGCUCAGGCAGAGGGUAGUGUUCGAAAAUGUUUGGAAGAUCUUCGUCAAUAUCUACUGAAUGGUCCAAAUGUUGAAAUCGAACCGGAGAAUGAAGCAACAGACGAAGAAAUGGGUGACGACGUUGAUGUAUCGGAUGUGAUGCCUCAAAGUCGACGUGGAACGGGUCACUCGGAACGUAGAUCCAAUAGUCUUGUUGGUGUAGACAUGUCUAUCAUGCAACAACAUUAAUAUUAGUGUGAACGUGUUAAAUACGUAGGAUAAUUGCGUUUACACGACAAGAUUUAAGUUCAAGUUGAUGUGAAUAAUAUUUCGUUUUAUAAUUUGCUUUAUUAAUUCGUUGAUUUCGAUGUCAAAUUCUAUGAAAAAAAAUUUCUUUUUCGUUCAAUUCAAUAAA